CACCCUCCAGAGCUCAGUUACAAUCUAAUCUGACAACACCUCACUCAUCAAAGGAGCGUGAUGUGAACACUGAGGGAGCUCUGUGGGAAGUCAGGGUAAAAAGGAAUGAAGUUUAAUGGAAAUUAAGUUUUAAGUUCUGAGGAUCGGCAGGAUCUCCAAGAGAUUCGAAUUCAAAGUGGGCACGGUCAGCCACGCGUCGACUAAAGAGGACCACCAUUGCAUGAGGCCUCGAUUUCCAAACAGGUUAGCAAACAGAACAGCGCCGCCCUGUGGUGAAGAGUCAGAAGUUACAGUUCGUAAAUUCUUUCAUGCACUUCGUCCCAUGAAGUACAGCGAUGGAUGCAGGUCACAGAGAGAAUGAAAUGCAACGAACGUGGCAUUAAAAACCGAAGAAACACAGAGCAGAAAGUGAAGAAACGCGGAGCUGAGCACCUGUUCGCGUUGACGUCACGAAGAGUGGGGGGAGGGGCGGAGCGGAGCUGAAGGCCUGAGAGUGAGAGACACCUGUACCCAAGCAGAGUGGAGCUCUGAGACGGACACGGCGUGUUUACUCGAAAUACCUCCCCGCUGGACUAUGGAGGGGGCCUCUGUCAGAUGACCCACUGAAGCAGAACAGUCAGAUUUCUUGAUAUUUGAUGAAAAAUUCCUGCAGAAAUUUCCGUGUGACGCAACGCAGCCAUGGAGAAGAGGAGGAGGUCGGUAGCCGCGCUCUUCUGCUGUCUUCUCCUCACAGAACUGCUUGCCAUCCAGGUAACAGUUCCUUACACAGAGAGAAGCACAACUCUGUUUGCCUCUAUCAUCCUGCGUUGUGAUUACUCGACUUCAGCCAACCAACAGGAUGUGCUGGUUACAUGGCGCUACAAGUCCUUCUGCUUGGACCCAGUGUUGCAGUAUUACUCAACAGCGUACCAAGCGGCUCUGACUCUGGGACAGGACCCAGCCAACGACUGCCCUGAUCGGCAACGCACUGUCCGCACGGUCAUCCAGAAGAGAGGCAUUAAUGAACCCAUACUGGGGGCAGAUUAUCGAGAACGCAAGAUCACCAUCCAAAACAAAGCAGAUCUGGUCAUCACUGAGGUCAUGUGGUGGGACAAUGGCAUGUACUUCUGCUCCAUUGAUGCAGCUGGAGACACCAUAGGAGACUCUGAUAAGGAAAUCAAGCUCAUUGUAUACCACUGGUUGACGGUGCUGUUGAUCAUCAUUGGGGCAUUGCUGCUGAUCAUACUCUUCGGUGUCUGCUGCUGUCAGUGCUGUCCUCAGAAAUGCUGCUGCUAUGUACGCUGCCCCUGCUGUCCCAAGACGUGCUGUUGCCCAGAGAAAAUGGUGAUGCAACACAGGAUGAUGCGUGACGCUCAGAAAGCCAUGGCUCCUUGGCUCCAUGGCCAGCCCAUCUAUUCUCCCAUUGGCUCUAAUGGAUCCUCUCAGGCGAACCCUUUGCUGUACUCAGGUUCUUUUUCUGAGUACCCGUCUAAACACAAUAUGCCAAUGGGGCCGAUGGUUAUCCCUUCACCCCAACCUGGGCCACCUAUAGUACUUCCACAUGGAGUCCAAGCCAAUGGCAGCAUGCGUGGGAGUAUGCAGGGUAGUGUGCAUGGCACCAACCAGAUGCUGGACUUCCUGGAGAAUCAGGUGAGGGGGAUGGAAGCUCCACUUCUCCAGACUCAGCCUCAGUAUGUGGUGGCUCCUCUUCAGGCUCUGCCUCAUCAGCAAAUAGCCCUUCCACCACAGCCUGUACAGCCCACACAGCCACUAACACAGGCUGUACCCUUCACCCCCGGGCCUCCCAGCAUGCUCUCAGCCCUGGAUGAGAUGGGUGUGCAUGGCGUGGAGCGCAGGGUCAUCCAGCUGCCCCCCAUUGUGGGCCGAGCCCCAAGCCUGACCUCUCGCAGAGCCCCAAGGGAUAACCGUGGGGUACUACGCUUCUCCAGCCAGUCCAGCAGCAGCUCAAACCGUACGGGCCAUUACCAUGAUGACUCACAGCGGGAUCCUGGGUCAUCACGGCGCGGGAUCCUGCGCAGUCAUAGUGACGACUCAGACUGGGACGACAGACGGGGCCGGGGAUCAAAGGGACGCAGGGGAGGUUCAGGUGGGGAGCGUCCCUCACGCCCACGAGCACGCAGCAAAGACGAGCUGAUAGAGGAGCUGCAACGGGCAAAUCCUCGUCGUGGCUCCUGGAGCUCAGAGGAGGACAGUCACAGAGGAGCCAUAAGUUCACGAGACAGAGGCUGGCCUGAAAAACCACCCAGCUACUCCUCCAUCGAGAUCCAGCCUGGCCACAGCAGGAGGACCAACUCGGAUAAGAGCUCUCGCAGUGGCGUCAGUGUUGUGAUCUGAAGCGUUGUACUGCCUAAUCCUGCAUUUUCACCCAGCUUCUUCUUAAAUUAGAAUGACCAAGUUUCAGUAAAUGGGAGGGAUUCCAGAGUUUUCUGUAGAAAGUCACUGUCAAAGAGUGAACAGCCUUAGGCCAGUGGUAGAAGAGGAUGAUAGUUUUAAAACAGUUUUGUAAUUUUAAAAUUCAUAGAUUUUCCUGCCUUGUUAUAUUUUUUAAAAAUGUUUUGUAUUUUUAGAUUUUGUUUGUUUGCUUUUACAGUUUGAGUGCUGUCAAGUCAGGCAGUGCUAAUAUUUUAUAUGAAAUAAUUAUAUCCCAAAAAGCUAUGAUUCAAUUUCAGUGUAGAUUUGUUGUGUUUACAUGUAUCUGUUUUGUGUUCAGUUUGGUGGUGGGUUUUUUGUCUUUGAUAUGAAGGAAGACUACAUGCACACAUUUAUUUAAUGGAAAUCCCACCCAUUUUUCAACAUUUCUCAUUAACUCAGUAACUGAGACUGUUAUAUAGCAUACACUGAAAUGUAUAAAGUCCUUUAGAAUGGUUUGUAAAAACUUACUGACUAGGAACCAGAGAUUGCAAUGUCAUCAACACAAAUAUAGUCAUAUACACGUUUUAUGACUUUUCAUAUGUAAUGUUGAUAAUGGUAAAAUAGUAGUACAUCUGAAAAAAAACGUUUUCUUUGAGUACUAUUUUGUCAUGCAACACCCUGCAUGUACCUCUCUGCCUUGAAUGCCAUAUAAAAAAAUGUUUUUGCAAAAUUGGAAAAUCUGAAAAAUAUGUUUUCUUUUGUUACUGUAUUCCCUUAAAAUGUCCUGCAUUCACUUCUCCACCAUGAAUGGAUUAGAAAAAAAAAGUUUUAGGCCAACACCAUAUUAUCAUAAAUCAAUGUCUCAGGCAUCAGGCAGUGUAUUCGCAACCAUUUCAUGUAAUAACUUUCUGUAAGGUCGAUUUUUUCGGGGGAUUAAGCACUUCAGAUGUCUGGUUACCACCACUGCGAACAGUUCUGACUUGGCGAGUUUAAGUAGAACGGAGUAAUCCACAUCAGACCACCCCAAAUAACUAUGUUUACAUUUUAACCCUUUAAUGAUAUAGAAGUUUUGAAAAACUGGUGGAAUUCCCCUCUAACGUAUGCCUUACAUUUCUCUUUACAUUUCCCCUGACUUCCUUAUUAUGAGUGUCCUUCAGACCCCGGUGGCAUUUCACAAAGUAGGAUUUCUCAGUAAGCUGGGUAAAUUAAGUCUGAAGUUGAGGAUUGUCCAAUAGGAAUGUUCCUUAGCUCUUCUCCUGUUGGACAGACCAACUGACAACUCUUGCUUUGUGAAAUACCCCUCACAUAUGUGUGGUCUUGUACUCCUCAUUCUCCAGUAGUACUCAAGUCUGCAAACUGGGCCCAUUUAACUUCCCCCUCAACUUUUCUGCAGCCUUACAUUCACUUUCCAUUUAUUACGUUUCUCUCUUCUUUCUGUAAAUCCUCCUCAUCAGUUUCUCUUGCUCCACUGGGAUACAAAAGUAACAAUGUGGAUAAAAAGGGGAUGAUUUGUGUGUUGUGUAUGCUUAUAAGCAAGGCAGCUUGUGUCAGAGAAUGAAAGUGGAGGCUUGAGUCAGCUGUGAAGGAAUUUAGAGGUCAUUUAAAUCUGCACAUGAAUACAUACGUUUGUGUGGCCAAAUUCAGACUCCGUGGUAACAAAAUGAAGCCUGUGUACAUCCCAAAUAUUAAAAAGGGACGUGCGAGUCGGCACAAGCCCUGGGUAAUAUUCCUCAGCCUGUGCUUCAGUUUCCUUUGGCUCCUUGACAGUGGAGUCAUUUUGUGUUUCAGACAUGCUGUUCAACUAAUUUUGCACAUAUUUUGCUGGGUACAGCAGUCUGGCUUUGGCUGCAUAUGAAGUAUAGUUGUGUGGCACAUUUGUGUGUGCUUACUUUCAGUCUUUUUUAAUGACAAUAUCUGUGACUAGUAAUAAACAAAUUUGGAACCACCA